AUGACUAUGAAUCGAAUAUGGGGAUUGCUGGUGGUUUUGGUUUUCUUCAAUGGAUGUUUCCUUGACGAUGUGAAGAGGCAGACAUACGCCCAAGCUCGGAUUUCUGCAUCAAACAAGCUCAGGGAUACUAAUGUUCAUUCGAGACCAAAAGUUGUAAAAAUCGGGUCUGUUUUGGCCUUCGACUCGAUUGUAGGCAAAGCUGCAAAAAUUGCUGUACAAACUGCAGUAAAAGAUGUGAAUUCUGAUCCAAGUGUUCUUAAUGGAACCAAGUUGGAACUAACUAUUCAUGACUCCGGUUCUAGUGGCUUUGUGAGUAUUAUAGAGGCUUUGCACUUCACGUCGAGUGAAACUGUGGCGUUAAUAGGACCAGAAUCAUCGGCUUUGACUCUUAUGAUAUCCUACAUCGUGAAAGAGCUCCAAGUUCCUCUACUAUCUUUCAGAGCCACUGACCCUACAUUGUCUUCACUUCAAUGUCCGUUCUUUAUCCGAACAGCUCACAGUGACUUUUUCCAAAUGGCCGCCAUAGCAGACAUAGUCGGGUAUUAUGGAUGGAGACGAGUGAUCGCUAUUUACAUAGAUGAUGAUCAUGGUAGGAACGGAAUAACUUCAUUAGCAGAUCAAUUCGCUUCCAAAAGGGGUAAAAUCUCGCACAAAGCGCCAAUCAAACCCAAUGCUACACGUAAAGACAUACAAGAUGUUUUGCUUCAGGUCUCGUUCAUGGAAUCAAAAGUUCUUGUUGUUCACACUAACACCAACUGGGGAUUACAUAUACUUGAUGUUGCUAAAGAUCUUGGUAUGAUGGAGAGUGGGUACGUUUGGAUCACAACCGAUUGGCUUUCUACGAUCAUGGACAUAAGCUCGCCACCUAGGAAAUCUUUUGCUGCUAUGCAGGGAGUUAUUACAUUGCGAUCAUACAUAAAAGAUUCAGAACGUAAAAGGAAAUUUAUUACCAAAUGGAAAGACUUAACUACGUAUGGCAUGAGUACGUAUUCUCUGUACGCAUACGACACUAUUAGGCUCCUUGCUCGUGCUCUUGAUGAUUUCUUUGAUCAUGGUGGAAAACUUUCCUUCUCCAAAGGUCGACCUAAUCAAGCGAAGGACUCACAAGGUGGAUUAUUGAAUUUCAAUUCAUUAACCGUUUUUAAUGGUGGGAAAAUCUUGCUUGAAGACAUCUUGAAAGUCAAAAUGAACGGAGUUACAGGACCAAUGGAAUUCACUUCCGACAGAAUGCUGGUUUUUCCUGCAUUUGAAGUUAUUAAUGUGAUGCGUAAUGGAUUUAGGAACGUUGGAUAUUGGUCAAACUCCUCACGUCUGUCCAUUUCUCCUCCAAAACCACCCAAAACGAACCAAUCUAAUUCAACGCAGCUGCUGAAUACCGUAAUUUGGCCAGGUGAAACAGUUGAUAAGCCUCGCGGAUGGAUGCUUCCACGGAAUGGAAAACAAACGAAAAUUGGGGUUCCAGUUCGAAUCAGUUUUCAAGAUAUCGUGAAAGAAAUCCAGGGGACGAAUAGGUACAUGGGAUACAGCAUCGAUGUGUUUGUCGCUGCGAUAAACUUGCUACCAUAUGCUGUUCCAUAUCAGUUCUAUCCCUACGGAGAUGGUCGUCAGAACCCUAGUUACACUGAUCUCGUGAGUUUGGUCAAUGCUGGUGUUUAUGAUGCUGCGGUGGGUGACAUUGCCAUCAUCACUAACAGGACAAGCAUGGUGGAUUUUACUCAGCCGUAUAUUGAGUCUGGUUUAGUUGUGGUGACACCGGUGAAGAAGCUAAGCUCUGGAACUUGGGCAAUUUUCAAGCCAUUCACUGUUGAAUUGUGGGGAGUUAUUUUGAUAUCUUUUUUAGUUGUGGGAGCAGUUGUUUGGAUUCUAGAACAUCGCAGAAACAAUGAUUUUCGUGGUACUCCUAAACAACAGUUUGGCACAACCCUAUGGUUUAUCUUUUCUACCCUAUUUUUCACCCACAAACAAAGCAUGAAGAGUACUCUUGGUCGUUUGGUAGUCAUUCUAUGGUUAUUUGUGGUACUAAUAAUCAGCCAAAGUUAUACCGCAAGUCUCAGUUCAAUAUUGACUGUUCAAAAACUUUCUUCUCCUAUUGAUGGAAUUGAAAGUCUUAUUCCAAGAAAAGAUCGCAUUGGAUAUGGAGCACGUUCAUUUGUCCGAGACUAUUUAGUCAAAGAAAUUGGCAUUUCUGAAGCUAGACUUGUUCCUCUUGAGUUGCCAGAAGACUAUGAAAAAGCUUUAAGUGAUGGUCCUAAUAAUGGUGGUGUCAUUGCAAUUGUUGAUGAACGUCCGUAUAUUGAACUUUUCCUUUCGACCCGUUGCCAGUUCAGCAUUGUUGGUCCAGAAUUCACCAAAAAUGGAUGGGGAUUUGCCUUUCAACAGGGUUCUCAUCUUGCAACAGAUGUAUCAAAUGCCAUUCUCAAACUAUCUGAAACCGGAGAGUUACAAAGGAUUCACAACAAAUGGCUAUUACAAAGUGCUUGCAGUUCACAAGGAAGAGAGUUAUCAGUGGACAGGUUGGAGCUAAAGAGGUUCAAAGGCCUAUUCUUUAUAAUUGGAUUAGCUUGUGUUCUUUCUCUUUUUGUCUACUUAGUGCCCACCAUAUAUCAGUAUACCAAACGCAAACCAGACUCAUCUGUAUCAUCUGGACCAAGACACAUGCAAACGUUCAUUUCAUCCAUUGAUGAAAAAGAAGAUUCGGCUAUUGCUCAUUCCAAGAAAAGGAUUAGAGAGACAAGUUCACUUGAGAGCAACAGAGAUCAGAUGAUGCAUCUGUGAAUGCCGAAUGAAUUUCUGGGAAAGAAUCAUCUUUAAACACAGUAUAUUAGUCAAAAGAAGGGCAUUUAUUUUAUAUACAAUAAAUGUGUUUAUUCCACCUAUGAUGAGUAUAGUCCAUGUUCCAGUUUGCGCAAG